AGCGGGGUCGCGGCGCACAGGUAUGGUACGAUUCCCUUUGGUGUCGAUGCGGUUGCAGCCGCAGCUCCCAGCCUGGCUAUAAUGUAUUUUUGCUCGUGCGGUGCACGCCCAGCAGAGAGUGUCGAAGAGCUGGGUGGGUUCAGAGAGCGGGCAAGAUCCGAAGAUUCCAUGAGCACCAGGGCGGACGUCCAGCUGCCAACCAUCGUUGUGAGCUACGCACUUCAGCAGCAGGAGUUCAAGGAUGGAUCGGGUCGCAGCUCGGCUUGCGGCCAUGGGGUACGAGGCGUGGUCCAUGGACCAGGAGGUUGGAUACCUCGACAGGGCGAUUGGUAGGUUGGCGACGGCACGUCCCACUACUCCAGCGAGUCGCUCCUCGAUCGCACCAUGCAGCACCCCCGGCGAGUUUCAUCGCAGUAACAUCACAGCGAGCCCCGACCGCGAGAGGUUGUGGUUGAGCACUUUCGCCAAGAAGUUGCAGGAGCCGGAGGUUGUAGGGCUCAUCUGUAUCCUCUCGAGCGCUUACUCAAAAAGUCAACAUUGCUUGCAGGAAAUGCAAUACGCCAUCCAACAGUGCAGCCGCUCGAAAGGGAUCUUGCUGCUCAUGUACGAGGAAUUCGCAAUGACACCAGAGAUGAUGUUCAUGACAGGCAGUCACCACCAAGCAGUGGUCUUUCCGCGGGUGCGAACUCAGUGCCAGUGUUUGUCCAGGUGCGAAUGCGCAGGCGACAAGCUGAGUCGAGCAGCUCCAGUUUCCGAAGAAUGGCUCACAGACCUUCGCCCAGGCUGCUUCACCGUUCACGUCAGUAACGUCAUGAUGAAGAAUCGGCACAUCAGACAAAGCAGCUUCAGCAGAGUCAAUGUCGCAGGGAGAAGGACCCAUGGCAUCGGCAGGCAAAACUCUAAUAUUAGCGACACAUCCGGCGGCGAGUGGGACGCCAAGAUAGUUCACCAGCAGUUGUUGGAAGAGUUGAUUGCCGACAUGAACCUCGCCAGCAUCGACGAUUUCCUGGGCUUCGUGGGGAUCAUCGGAAGCACGGCCUUCUUCAACCCUACAUCCGAGCGCAUCUGCUGCGAGAUCGGAGUCCGGCUCGCUUCCGCACUGCCCGACACGGUGGCGGUCUGCUCUGGCGGCUUCACUGGGACAGGCGAGUGCAUCUCGCGUGCCUUCCACGACGCCAGGGUCCGCGACGGCAAGCCGCACAGGACCUAUAUGGUCCUCCCCACCACGGACCCAGACAUCGAGACCGUGUUCAAAGACAAGGCCAACACCCAGGUUCUGGGGGACGGCACCACGGUGUUUGCGCCGUGGGACUACGGGAUGACGGUGUUCUACGGUCGCAGCAACGCCGAGAAGAUGGCGAUCAUGGCCGUCAACAGCGUUUUGGUUAUGGUCGAGGGCGGUCCAGGCGCGCUGAAAGAGGCCCUCGGGUGCCAGCAGCAUGGGCACUGGGUGGUUCCUGUACGAUGCACAGGAGGGGCGACGACCAACGCCGAGGUGGGGCAGCAGAGCCCCUUCCACGCGUUGCUGCACUUGGCCUCGGAGGGGGAGGCAAGGUGGCAGUGGGUGCUGCAGGCCCAGCAGGCUUGGGAGUUGCUCGACAGGGGAGAGAUGGCCAGCCCUACGGAGGUCGCCGACGCCGUGGUGACCGUGGUGAGGUACCUCCUCACGAAGCAGGCAGAGCUGGAGCAGAGUACUCAGAUGUCCAAGGGCGUGGGGAGCGCGAUCAAUGGACCGCGCGGGCUGAGGGUCUUGAAUAAUAUGGCCGAGCUCACAGCCUUCACACAGGAGUUCAGCGCCGUUGUCCUGUUCAGCGGCUUCGGAUCCAAGGGGCAGUACGAUAACAUGAGUGAGGUCGAGGAGAUAUUGGAAUUCAUCGUCAAGGACCUCGACGCCGCGUUCGGGAAGAAUUGGCUGGUGAUGUAUGGUGGUAGCCCUUACUUGGAGGAUGUCAGGACGAUUGCCCACGUGGCCCGCUUGCUUCGUAAAAAGUACGAGAAGAUCUUGCUGGCAAUACAGUGCGACUUCUACGGCAAUGAGAUGCUCUGCCCCUCAAACAAGGAGGAGUAUGCCCACAUGGAAGGUGGCGCCCUUUACACAUACAAGACUCAGACAGUCAUGGAUGAGCACUUUCAUAAAAAGUUUUUGUUCGGCGGUUAUUACAGGUCCUGCAUGCCCAAGCAAGAUAAAUUAUGCGGUGCUUCAUCAGUGUGGUAUGGCAGUGAAAUGAGUGCUCUGGACGUUCCGAACGCCCACGUAAUCAUCGGGGGUGGUUCGGUUGCUGCUGACGACGCCCAGGAGAGCUACAACAGGAAGAUCCCCACGUUUUACGCCCGCACACGUAGGCGAAAGAAGCCGACGCAGGUCUUGAGACCAAAGUUGUCUGAUCGUUACGGACAGAUGGAGCACUGGGCAAAUGCACUGGGACUCCCGCGUGAGGAGUGGUUCCCGCGGGGUCCCGAUAUGUGAGUGCUGGCAGCCGUCUUUCCAGAGUGCUCGUGUAAUCUUGUGUGCUCGGUUGGUUGUUCUGGCUCCUGUGAUGGAUUCGUCCUACCCUAUCCUUCAUCAUCCGUCCCCUCCUCCCCCGGGAACCUCCCGGCAGUCGGACAGCGCCUCCAGGCACAGCAGCCUGCAUUCGUGUCGAUGGUAGAUCUCGGCGUUUUUCUGCGUGGGGUUUAUCCGAACGUCAGAGGACCCGCUUCUGAUCCGUUGGACCGUCUGCCCGCCUUCAUGUGGCGUUCCAGCUCAGUGCUAGCAAGUGGGCGGGGUCGAAUGAAAAGCGUUGUUUUGGUGCUGUGCUCCAUGGGGUGGGCAGUCCUCGCCCUAGAAGGCUGCAUGCCCAGGCCCACUGGCCAAGUAGCCAGGGCCCCGCUGCUUGGGAGGAGGAGAACCCGAGGAGGCGGCUCUAGGGGCAACUGGGCAUGUGUAUGUUUUGCACGUCCGUCGAUGCGAUUGACUGUGCUGCCUGUUCCACCGUUCGUCUCUCCCUCUCUCUCUCGCUGCUGCCCUGACCUCCGACGACACGUUUUUGGGAAUGACGUGGGCCUCAAUUACAAACAAAAACAAAAAAAUCGGUGCCGAUGUUUUCGCGGCGAUGGAGGUAUGGGCGCUCAUUCACCCCAGCGUGGCGCUUCUGCCACGCAUGGGCUUUACAGCGGCAGCGCCACAGAGAUCGUUGCGAAUGCAGAGCCAGAGGAUGGACAAGGCACGAGGAAAGGAGUGCGGCGGCUGACAAGGCCAUGGAAUCCCGACAAACUGUCAGGGACCCAAUUGCGUGUGAGUGUCGGCCAUUUGCCCAUGUUCGAAAUUGCCAUCUUGCAACUGGCUGGUUCACGAAUGCUGCUUUUAGGCACUCGUGCAGGUCGCACUAUUCAGUCACGCUUGUGCAUAAAUAUCCACACCGCUUUGCGGCACCACGUCUGGACCAAAACAGGUGCAGGAACCCUUGCAAGCCGCUUUGGAGGAGCAGCUCAUCUUAUAAUGGGGUCACGACCUCGUACGUCCUGUAGUCGGCGUGCCCCGCGGUAUUCGUUCAUCAACCGGUCUCAAAAUACGGUUCAUACGUUCACACAGUCUUAGUAUUGGGGUUUACUAGGUCUUCCAUGGCAUGAGCUGGACGAGAGCCCGCGGUCGUAGCGGAUGUUCGCA